AUGGAAGACUGGGGUAACACAACCAUAGUGACGGAGUUUGUGCUCGUGGGCCUCUCCAGACAGCCCCAUGUGCGCGCUGCCCUGUUCGUCCUCUUCUUGGCCAUGUAUGCAGUCACCGUCGCUGGGAACGGUAUCAUUGUGGUGCUGAUUGUGGUGGAUCCUCACCUCCACACACCCAUGUAUUUCUUCCUCAGCAACCUCUCCUUCAUUGACGUCUGCUAUAGCACUACCUCUGUCCCUCAGAUGCUGGCGCAUUGCUUCACAGACAGGCCCACUAUUCCCCUGGGCAGGUGUUUUGCACAAAUGAGCAUCGCUCUGUUUUUGGCGGUGGCCGAGUGCCUCUUACUAGCAAUCAUGGCUUACGACCGCUUUGUGGCAAUAUGCAGCCCUCUACGCUACAGUUUAAUCAUGAGCCGGAAGGUGUGCGUCGUUCUGGCAGCCAGCCUGUGGUUCAGCUCUUUCCUCUUGACCAUUGUACCCUUUUUCAGCAUGCAGGCACGCUUGUGCGGGCCCAAUGUGGUGAAUCAUUUUAAGUGUGAGCUCCAGGCAGUGUUGAAAUUGGCCUGCUCUGACACCCAUGCCAGUGGGGUUAGUAUGGUGAUCACAAGUGUCUUCACUCUUUUAUUCCCCUUUGCCUUCAUUCUGGUAACAUAUGGGCGCAUUGGUGUGGCUGUCCUGAGCAUGCGCUCAGCCCAAGGCCGGGGAAAAGCUUUAUCAACCUGUGGCUCGCAUUUGGCUGUGGUGGGCAUUUUCUACGGCACUCUCUUGGCCAUGUACCUCAGGCCUCAAACCAAAAGCUUCACAGAUAGGGAAAAAGUAGUCGCUAUCUUUUACGGGGUUGUCACGCCCAUGGUGAACCCUGUGAUCUACAGCCUGAGAAACAGGGAUGUGAAGGGAGCCUUAUGGAGGGUGAUGGGGAAGAAAGUAGGAGAAUAA